AUGAAGUUGGCUUUGUUCAUGGAGUUCGUCACAUACUUGGACCAUAGGAUGUCAUGCAAGAACAGAAAGAUUGUUUUGCUGCUGGACCAGUGUGCAGCCCAUCCAAAGCACAUGACGCUACAGAGCAUCAAAGUGGUAUUCCUGCCCCUGAACGCUACUAGUCGUUUGCAGCCACUGGAUGCUGGCAUUAUCAGAAACAUAAAGCACCACUUCAAAGGUUUGUUGGUGCGCCGCCUCCUUGCGAAGAUUGACCGUAAGGAUGCAAAUAUGAAGAUUAGUCUUUUGGACGCUAUGCAUUUUAUUGCAGUGGCCUGGGAGUGCGUCUCCCCUGCAACCAUUGCGGAUUGUUUCGCAAAGUGUGGGAUUUUUAAAUCCACAGUGGCCACCACCUCACAAGUGCCAGAUCCAAUUCAGGCUGAUGUCUGGAACCAGCUUGGGGUUGACUGCAGUGUCGAUGAUUUCUUCAUCGCGGACAACGAUCUCGUCACCUGUGGUCAGCGCACAGUGGAAGACAUCGUGGAGGAUGUAUCGUCGCAGCCUGGAAUUUCGACCAGUGACGAUGAAGAAGACGAGUGCCAAAACGGUGAUGACCAACCACCAUCGGCAGCUGCAACAAUGGAUGCUCUCGAUAUUCUGCGGCAUGCUGUGACAUCCCAGACUGUGGGUGAGGACACUACAGCCCAGUUCAGCUUCGAAAAUUCUCUGCUGGCCGACCUUGCGAAGACGAAGACUCAGAAGGACAUACGUGACUUCUGUCCACGUAAAUAA